AUGUUUGCAGAACAAAAUGAGGAGAAUGAAAAUGAUAACAAUGAAAUUAAUCCCAUUCCUGAGGAGAUACAUCAGAAUUGGUCACCUUCUAAGACUGAAGAACGAGAAGGAUUCAUGGAUGUUGUCAAGAAAGCUUGGGAUAAUGAUUUUCAAGGAAAUUUUAUGUGGAUGGUUAAAAAUAAGCUUAAAACAUUAUCAAAAGCUCUCAGUAAAUUGUCAAAAGAUAAUAUAGGGGAUGUCUUUGAAACAAUAAAACAAAUGGAAAAACAUACCAAGCAGAUAGAAGAGCAAUAUGAAAAUGAUAGCUCUGAUGGCAACAAUGAUGCUCUGGACGUUGAUCCUACUGAGGAGGAGGUGAAGAAUGUUAUAUUUUCCAUGGACUUUAUACUGGUCCUGAUGGGCAUAAUGGGCACUUCUUUCAAGUUGCAUGGAGCCCCAGAUCAAUUCUCUCAAAUCAGGCCUAUUAGCCUGAGCAAAUUCACCAACAAGAUCCUAUCUAAGAUUAUCACUAUAAGACUUGCACCUAUUCUACCUAAGUUAAUUUCUGAAAAUCAGUCAGGAUUUAUCAAAGGGAGGCUAAUCACUGAGAACAUUCUCCUAACACAGGAGAUAGUACAUGGUAUCAAAGGUGGUAAGGAUCAAGGUAACUUGGUUAUGAAGCUGGAUAUGCCAAAAGCCUAUGACAAGGUAUCUUGCGUAUUUCUGAUGUCUGUCCUGGGGAAAAUAAGAUUUAGAGAGUAUUUCAUUGAACUCAUCUAUAGACUCAUAUCUGACAAUUGGUAUUAUGUAAUUGUUAAUGAUUCUAGACAUGAUUUCUUUUACUCAUCUAGAGGGUUAAAACAAGGAGAUCCCCUCUCCCCUACAUUGUUUAUCAUUGGGGCUGAAGUUCUCACUAAAGUUCUUAAUCAUCUGAACAACAAAAAGGAUUUCAUUGGUUUCAAUAUGAGUAGAAAUGAUCCCCAAGUGAACCAUUUGUGCAUGCUGAUGACAUAG